UAUCAUAUUUUAUUUUGUGAAAAAUACGAGAACUGGUCCCUGCUUUUUCCCUCGCAAAGAAGAUCGGCAGAGCAAAAAAUCCCUAGAUUUGGGCUUCCCCAGUUGAUCCAACUCUGUUAUCCUACCUGUAUUGAUCGGAUACAAAUCAUCCGAUCAUCCGAUCAUACAUUUACAUUUUUUUCUUCGAUUUGAGUCGGUUCUGCAUUGAAGCUUCGGUUUGAAAGCCAGAGAUCUUUACUAUUGUUGUCAUUGUUGAAUCAAUUUUGAAAUUUUGUUUUUGGAGAACUUACGAAGGAUCUGCAUUUUGUACAUUUUUGAUGUUUUGAUAUCUAAGAUCUGUUAGUCGACUUGAAACCGCGCCUUUUUCUUUUUUAAUCGUGAAACAAGACUAUUUGCUUCUGGAAUAUAGUUGUUAGGGAUGGAUUCGUUGUCUGCAAUCAGUGAGGAGCUAGCUGAAAUCGAUGGACAGAUUAGUGAUAUUUUCCGGGCUCUAUCAAAUGGAUUCCAGAAAUUGGAGAAGAUUAAGGACCCGAAUAGGCAAAGUAGGCAAUUGGAAGAACUAACAGAAAAGAUGCGGGAAUGUAAGAGGCUUAUCAAAGAGUUCGACAGAGAAGUGAAGGAAGGAGACAGUAGAAAUAGUCCGGACACCAACAGGCUGCUCAAUGACAAAAAACAGUCAAUGAUCAAGGAAUUGAAUUCCUAUGUUGCUCUCAAAAAACAAUAUGCAAGCAAUAUGGAAAACAACAAGCGAGUUGACCUCUUUGAUGGGCCUGGGGGUGAUGAAGAGAAUGUUCUAUUGGCUUCUUCUAUGUCCAAUCAACAGUUAAUAGAUAGAGGCAACCAUAUGAUGGAUGAUACUGAUCAGGCCAUUGAGCGCUCAAAGCAGGUUGUUCAUCAAACAAUCAGUGUUGGAGCCGAGACUGCAGCUGCUCUCAAGGAACAGACAGAACAAAUGAGUAGGAUUGUUAAUGAUCUGGACUCAAUCCAUUUCUCAAUCAAGAAGGCAUCUAAACUGGUCAAGGAAAUUGGUAGGCAGGUUGCAACUGACAAGUGUAUAAUGGCCAUGCUUGUCUUGAUUGUCAUUGGCGUCAUAGCCAUCAUCAUUGUGAAGUUGGUGAACCCAAAUAACAAGAACAUUCGGGAUAUUCCUGGGCUUGCCCCACCAGCUCCUGCUCGGAAACUUCUUUGGGAUCUGAAUUAGAGUACAGAAAGUGAACCAUCUCAUGCGGCUGUCGAAAAGAUGUGUGGUAUAUAGGAUGAAUUGUGUGAAUUAUUUUUUGCUGACCACAUUAGGGGUGUGAGAAUUACGUGUAUCGUAUUUUCUGUGUUACUGAAGGAAUAUCCAGGAUACCAGUGAGGAGCCAGAUUGUGCAACACAGAGUUGCUGAAGCUGAUGUCUGAUUAGCCAUGGUCCAAGGUGUUGUUGGCCUACAAUGCAGUUCCAACCUCCCAAGGCCAAAUAAGUGCAGUUCUUUGUGAUGAUAUACCAUUGCAGAAUUGGUUGUCUCUAGUGAUUGAGACUACGUUGUACGAUACUAGAUGAUUUCUCUACCUAUUUUCCUCCAUUCCUUGUCUUUUACUCUCAUAUUUGAUAAUUUUUUUUGGGUUCGAUGUC